GCAAACAAAAUGCUCUUCCCCCACACCCACUGCUGUUUUCUACUUUUCUUAUGAUUAAAAAAAAUAUUUCCCUUGGUAACCAUUUUCCCUGGUUACUUUCUUGGCUGAUUUUCUGCACAAAGAACUGAAAGGCAUUUAUCCCCAAGGGAGGCAGUUAUUUUAGAUUUUACUAAGAAGUUCAGCAAAUACUUUUCAACAUUCCCUUCUGUCCUUUCUUUGUUUUUAAAGAAAGCUCUGAUUUUGUUUCAUUUUCAGCUGGAGACUUAAAUGACACCAAGCAAAGCCUACUUAGUUUAGAUCUCCAGAAAUUGGCUGGUGGAAAAAAAUCAAACAUGAAGAUUGCAGUUUUGUUUUGUUUUUUUCUGCUUAUUUUUCAAACUGACUUUGGAAAAAAUGAAGAAAUUCCUAGGAAGCAAAGGAGGAAGAUCUACCACAGAAGGUUGAGGAAAAGUUCAACCUCACACAAGCACAGAUCAAACAGACAGCUUGGAAUUCCGCAAACAACAGUUUUUACACCAGUAGCAAGACUUCCUAUUGUUAACUUUGAUUAUAGCAUGGAGGAAAAGUUUGAAUCCUUUUCAAGUUUUCCUGGAGUAGAAUCAAGUUAUAAUGUGUUACCAGGAAAGAAGGGACACUGUUUGGUAAAGGGCAUAACCAUGUACAACAAAGCUGUGUGGUCGCCUGAGCCCUGCACUACCUGCCUCUGCUCAGAUGGAAGAGUGCUUUGUGAUGAAACCAUGUGCCAUCCCCAGAGGUGCCCCCAAACAGUUAUACCUGAAGGGGAAUGCUGCCCGGUCUGCUCUGCUACUGUCUCCUAUUCUCUACUCAGUGGUAUAGCAUUAAAUGAUAGAAAUGAAUUUUCUGGUGAUUCUUCAGAACAAAGAGAACCUACCAAUUUACUUCAUAAGCAACUGCCACCUCCUCAGGUGGGAAUGGACCAAAUAGUAAGAAAAGAAGCACUUCAAUCUGAGGAGGAUGAAGAAGUGAAAGAAGAAGAUACAGAGCAAAAGAGAGAGACCCCUGAAUCUAGAAAUCAGGGGCAACUUUACAGUGAGGGGGACAGCAGAGGAGGAGACAGAAAGCAGAGGCCUGGAAAGGAGAGAAGGCUGGCACACCAGCAACAACGCCAAGGAAGGGAGGAGGAGGAGGAUGAGGAGGAUGAGGAGGAGGAGGGUGAGGAGGGUGAGGAGGAUGAGGAGGAUGAGGAGGACCCGGUAAGAGGAGAUAUGUUCCGAAUGCCCUCUCGAUCCCCGCUUCCUGCUCCUCCCAGAGGCACACUGCGCCUGCCAAGCGGGUGCUCUCUGUCCUACAGGACCAUCAGCUGCAUCAACGCCAUGCUUACCCAGAUACCACCGCUGACAGCACCACAGAUAACAAGUCUGGAGCUCACUGGCAAUUCCAUCGCCUCCAUCCCAGAUGAAGCAUUUAAUGGACUACCAAAUUUGGAAAGGCUUGAUCUGAGCAAAAAUAAUAUCACUUCUUCAGGCAUAGGUCCAAAAGCAUUCAAGCUUCUGAAGAAGUUAAUGCGUUUGAAUAUGGAUGGAAAUAAUUUGAUACAGGUUCCUUCACAAUUGCCAUCUACAUUAGAAGAACUUAAAGUCAAUGAGAACAAUCUUCAGGCUAUCGAUGAAGAAAGUUUAUCAGACUUAAAUCAGUUGGUCACCUUAGAAUUGGAAGGAAACAAUCUCAGUGAAGCCAAUGUCAAUCCUUUAGCUUUCAAACCUUUGAAGAGCCUAGCCUACUUGCGUCUGGGAAAAAAUAAAUUUAGAAUUAUACCGCAGGGUCUUCCUGGUUCUAUUGAGGAAUUAUACCUAGAAAAUAACCAAAUUGAAGAAAUAACUGAAAUUUGUUUCAAUCAUACCAGAAAGAUCAAUGUCAUUGUACUACGUUAUAACAAAAUUGAAGAAAAUAGGAUUGCUCCUUUAGCCUGGAUAAAUCAAGAAAAUCUAGAAUCCAUUGAUCUCUCCUUCAACAAGCUCUAUCACGUCCCGUCCUAUCUACCCAAGUCCUUGCUGCACCUAGUACUCCUUGGGAACCAGAUUGAACGGAUCCCUGGCUAUGUGUUUGGCCACAUGGAACCAGGCCUGGAAUACUUGUACCUGUCAUUUAACAAACUUGCUGAUGAUGGCAUGGACCGUGUCUCCUUCUAUGGGGCCUAUCAUUCCCUGAGAGAAUUAUUUCUGGAUCACAAUGACUUAAAAUCUAUACCACCUGGGAUACAAGAAAUGAAAGCACUACAUUUUCUGAGGCUGAACAACAACAAGAUACGGAACAUUCUUCCAGAAGAAAUUUGCAAUGCUGAAGAGGAUGAUGACUCAAAUCUGGAACAUCUUCAUCUUGAAAACAAUUAUAUUAAAAUUAGAGAAAUACCAUCUUACACAUUUUCAUGCAUAAGAUCAUAUUCAAGUAUCGUUCUUAAACCACAAAACAUCAAGUAAUUCCAAGUUUUCCUUUGCUGUUUAUAAACUUUACUCAUGUAUUUGUAGUAGCUGCAUUUGUCAUUAAUAAGAGAGACAUAAUCCUCCUGUUGUACUCAGUAUCAUUAUAUGCUAGUCAACCUGAUUCACUAACACACAGAUGAACAACCAAAAUAUACCUAAAAGGUAUAGUCUCUAGGAGUUUUAUUAAUAGUAAAGGUAAAAUCUCUCAGUUUCCCACCUCUAGAAAGAGGCCAUCUCACUAGAAUAGGAUAUUAUGCAUACUGAGCUAGACCAGAAGAGUCUGGAACAAAAUAAACACAGCCUUUAUAAUCAACUUGAGUACUGGUGUUAGCUGAGAACUCUGUAAGUCCCUUUAAAAAUUAUGUAUCUUUUGGUUCAAGAUUAAGAAGCAUAAUGACAACAAAAAAAGCAGGCAGAAUUUAUGAAUAAGUGUUGUUUAUUAUUAAAACAAUAAUUUGUUAAUUUCUUGUAAGGCCCUGUGCUAUAAUUACUGGUAUAAAUAUAACUGAAUAUUGGGGUAGCUUUCAUUUCUUCCAUUAAUUACAUGUGUAAAAUUAAAACACUACUGUAAUGUUAAUUUCCUGGUUUUGAAAAUCAUAUUAUGGUUAUGUACAUUGUUAACAUUAAGGAAAGCUGGCAGAAGAGUGUGCAUAAAUUCUAUACCCUUUUUGAAACUUUUCUAUAAUUCUAAAAUUAUUUUUUAAAGUUAAACAGUAUAUUAAGAUUACCUUCACUAUUCCUCACUCAAGAUUAAGACAUUUUUUGAAAAGCAGUAGAGUUUGCUUAAAAUACAAAUUAAUUAUUCUUGACUAUAACCUUGUAAAGGUAAAUCUAAUGUAUAAAUUUUUGAAAAAUUUUGCACCACUGGUCAUAGCAUCUAUCUCCUUUGCCUUAAUUUACUGAAAUACAUCAUUUUAUUCAGUUCAAUUGAAAUAAAGCUAUGUCUUUACUAUGUAUUGGCCCUACCAAAAUCAUAUAUUAAAAUUUUCUAACAUAA